AUGGGAGACUCGCAAGAUAAUGAAACCGAAUGGAAUUUGGUAAACAAAAGGAAAAGAAACACUAACAGUCCACAAAAUGAAAAUCCACAGAAAAAACCCAACAAUGAAGCAGCCCCAUCAUCAACAUCAAGAAUAACCAACAAACUCAAAAAUGCAUCGGAAAAAAUGCGGACAAUUUUCCAACAGAAAUACAAUUCACUAUUUUACUUCGACACUACACAAAAAAUGAACCGCGCGGAGAUUGCUGAAUUGUGGGAAAAUGCAAUACCUAAUAACCGAGAUAUAAUCCUAGAAACCAAAAAAGGAUUCUUACUAAAGAGCAACACAACCAAAACUAUUCUUCAAGAAACUUUGAAGAAGUGA